GCGGUGCUUCGUAUUCAGAGCACUCACUUCGUAGUUAAACAAGUUGAGUGUAUUCUCUUCCACAAACCACAACAAUGAACAGGCUGAUGAUAGUAUGCGGGGUGGCGGCCCUCCUAGGGAUGGCAGUCACUGCCUAUCCCAGAGGCGCUCCCUCCUGUGUGUGUGACGAUCCUCUCAUGGAGCCCAUCCCCCACAGGGAGGGUGGUUCUGUGGGAUAUAUCAACUUAUACGAGUACACCCUACGAUAUAGACCAGUGAAUGGAACUAACAUAGUUGAAGUGACUCUGUCCGGCCCCUACUUCAAGGGCUUCGUGGUGCGGGCCUCCACAAUCGGAGGAGAAAUUAAUCAAGGGCAGUUCAUCAUAAAUGAAGAUAGUGAAUUCCGUGCACUGCACUGCUCCAAGAACACGGAAAAGCGGCAACAGCAGUAACAACCACCUCCAGAAUGGCCUUCUGUCAUCCUUCAUCAAAAUAUUCCCUUCAAUAAUUCCAAGAAUGUUGGUUGUGUGCGGGCUGGUGACCCUGCUGGCAGUGGGGUCCAUGACCUGGCCCACUGGCGCCCCAGACGAAGUGUGUGACAGCGUUUUGAUGAAACCCACAUUUCACGUCGACAAUUAUAAUGCGACAGGCGUCAACAACAAGAAUCAAUACAGUCUGACCGCUGAGCCAGUGCCGGGCAGCAAUGGCAAAGUUGAGGUGACCCUGAAGGGCAACUCCUUCUUGGGCUUCGUGGUACGAGCUACCACACCUGGUGAAGAAAAUCUCGGGAACUUCAUUGCGGAAGAAAGCAACGUUAAAUUUAAAACACUAUCUUGCAAGAACGUGACGGACGUCGCCGUGACGCACACGAACCCAUCCUCCAAGAGUUCUAUCACGCUGAUGUGGCAAGAUUUUAACAACGGCAAUUAUGUUUUUCAAGCCACGACCUUGCAGAGUCUCAACAAUUACGUAAUGAACAUCUUCUAGAAUAGUCAAGCUUGCCGGGUGGUUCCUCCUAGCCACAUCUACGGUGCACUGUGGGAGACGCUUCUAUUUAUUGAAAUGUUAUUUUAUCCUAGAAAGUUUUUAGUCUAAACAAACAAUAAAGGGUCACUUAGUAUGCC